CAAUCACCGAUAUACCCUAGUGUUAGUACGUUAUAUAGCGCAAGCAAUGCCGUCGAUAGAAAUCCAUCAACGUGUAUGAGGACUGGAGUAAUUGGACGUUACUCUCGUUACAAGAAGAUGUGGUGGAAGGUGGAUCUUGGUGGAAUUCACAACAUUUAUAGCAUUGACAUCCUGUUUAAAACCUACGACAGUUACGAAUACCGACAGCGGAGUCGAUUCGCCGGAUUUUCCCUGUAUGUAUCAAACAACGAAAUAAAAGAUUCCAUUCUUUGUUACAAGGACGGACCCCAGUUACCGCCCCUGAAUUUUACAUCCUUGUGUACAGAGUACGGACGCUACGUCAUCUUUUACAAUGAACGACUGGAUGGAAAUGUCUACCCAGAAGACUAUGAAACUCGUUAUGUUUUUACCGAGCUUUGUGAAGUACUUGUGCAUGGUUGUAACAAAUCUGGAGUGUAUGGCGUUAAGUGUGACACACCUUGCCCAACAAACUGUAAGGACAACGUGUGUCACAUACAGAAGGGGACUUGUUAUGCAUGUCAACCUGGAUGGAUAGGAACUACAUGUUAUACAAAAACAUGUAGAGAUAGAUGGUACGGUAACAACUGCAGCCAACAAUGUACAGAGCAUUGUAGAGACAGUUUUGUCUGUAAUCACGUGACUGGUCAGUGUGACAGAGGAUGUGAUGUUGGAUGGACAGGAUCUUUUUGUGAUAAAGAAUGUGACGACAGGACCUAUGGAUAUGACUGUUUCAACAACUGUAGUGGCCACUGUCUGAAUAAUUCUCCCUGUAACAAACAGACUGGUUAUUGUGACAGGGGAUGUAACCCUGGAUACACCAACAGUUAUUGUAGCAAAGAAUGUGUUCAGUCUUUUGGAGUGAACUGUCAAUAUCAAUGCAGCGAAUUCUGUAUAAACCGAACAUGUGACAGAUUCAAUGGAAGUUGUUUGUAUGGUUGUAUGGAUGACAAAAAAUGUUAUGAAGACAUAGCUAAUCUACAGAAAGUUGACCCAAAGCUGACAGUGCCACCUUCCAUGGCAUGGAUUGUUGGUUUCUCAAUAUCACUUGCCAUCAACGUUUUCGUCAUAGGUGCCAUUUUGAUUAGGCUAUGGAGAAAAAGAAGUAAAUGCCCUCAAAAUCAGAGUGAUACCAAUGAUGGCGUUUCUCAUUACCAAGAACUCAGUGUAUCUAAAGGGGACAAAACGUACCAAACUCUGACAGUUACGUAAUUUUGGUUGUGUCUUGGUAUUUAAAAUCUGUGAAGGUAAUUGAAAAAAGGUUGUAAUUUUGCUUAAAAAAUGAAAAAUUAUGUGCAUGGAAAUUCAUUUCAUUCAAGGAAGGCCGACUAAGAAUGUACGUUUUGUUUGGGGUUAUGUUUUUCGAGAAUGUUUUUCUUAUCUUUAUACAAUGGCUUAAUAGCAUACUAUUUCUGUAAAGUUAAGAUUUGAGUGCA